ACCAUUGUUACAUCACCUGUCCUAGGUGUUGGUAUCCUAGUCUGCACCUGGCGACAUAACCAGCUGAAGUGCACCACAGGUGCGGGAUACGAGUUCAACAACAUCGUCACGGAUCACCUCGUCAUCAGUGUACCGCGAGCGUCACGUGAUUACAAUGCGACAUAUGCUUGUCACGUGAUAGGCUCUGAAAUGAAGGGCUUUCAGUCAUGUGACUUCGUCGCUCUACAAGUCGGCAGUGUCGUCAACAUUCCGUACUCUACUGGUGUCGAAGUCAUCAUCGUAUACGUCCUCAUCUUCCUCUUUCUCGCCGUCUUCGUCCUCUUUCUCUUGGUUGUACUGAAACUGAAAGGCCUGCAAUGCAACGAUGUGAUACCUUGGAAAUGUGUUAAGAGGAAAGCCUCAAAGUCUUCAACGGAGGUAAGAGUAGCAAAGGUUGUGCUCACCUUGUCACCACAAGAAAGUAUUCAACUCCUUAAAACAGAUUUUCUCAAACAGAAAACAGGAGUAGAAGUGCUCUGUGAUGACAGACUGCGCGGGAAAGUGAGAAAAAACAUCUCAAUCCGUGGCACGCUACCCCAGGUCAGGCGCUCCCUCCAGAUCAUCGACGAGACCUUGGACAACACAUCUGCAGACGUGUUAAACCAAGAGACGUGCUCCCCACCGCAGACAUCUUUAACAUCUCAAGCAAUUUGUACUCAAGUGGAGAGAGACUGAUUUCAAUGGGUUGAGGCCACGUUCCCUGAUUUCGACUUUCUUGGCUACUUCCUGCCUCCUGUCUACUUCAACCGCGUGCCGAUGACCAGACAGUCGGUUGCUGGACAAGAUAUUAUAGUCCUUCAGUCAGUAUUUAAACAAUCAGACUUACUUAGCCAAUCUGAGAUGAUUUCAUCAAAUACCAGCUUUUCCGCUUCCUCUCCUUUAGGAAAGUGAAUAAUGUCAUCAGCGGGUGUGUAAUUGUAGAUGUCCAACAUGAAUUUGAAUUUUCUGCCAGCGCCUGUAUUGUUUUGUGGCCUUUGACCUACCAGCGAUCUGAAGAUAGAUGGUGGAUGGUCGCUACCCUCAAACUGUCUGGAAACUGUUAUUGUAGCAAGCUUUCUGCUUUGACUCAGCGUCAAUAGAUUGACAGAACAUUCCAGGUGGGUGAUGAAGGAGGAUGACAUCGAGAACGUGGCAACUUGUGGUUGUCUUCCCUUGACAACCAGCUUCAGUAACAUAAAGACUCUACCCAAAAACCGCCACCUGUGUGGUCUUGUGCAUUUAUCAUAUCACGAACUUAUUUUUAUGUCUUAUUUAUUAUUUUAUCUCAUUUUUAUGUCAGUUUUCUUCUAUAGUUGCAAGCGUCUUUUUACUUGUCACUUUGUUUUACUUUUGUGUACACGAUGUUUAAUGUGGCUAAUUACCUGCUUCUUCGUCUAAUUGUAGUCACAUAUUUGCUACUGCGUUGAUACUAAGCAUCAUGAUGUCUCCGCCAUUUAUAUUAAAGCCUUAAAUAACCAAACAUCAACCAUUAAGGGAGGCAGUCCACCCUGCCUCAUGGACGCCUCUAUCAUGAUCACGUGAACACUUAAUAAUACUGUGAUUAAACAGGACAGAUAUAUUGGUAAGUAAAAUAUACUUGUGUUUGAUAUGUAUUAUUUUAACGCGGAAGGUAAGCAUGCAAGGGAAGUAUUCAUCCCGAUCUAAGGCCACCAAGGCCGAGGAGCCUGGAGUCAAACUGUGAGUAAACUUUGUAAGAGGUCUCUCUGCCAAACAUCGGCGCACAGAUGGGCUCCAAGACAAGGGGGGUAAGUCAAGAUGUAAACCAAUAUAAACACAGAUUGUUUCACCCGUAUCAUUCUCAGCUCAUUCGCAAGGUAAUAAUCAUCAAGUUACUAACAAUGACUUUAACUAUCAAUGUUGUGGAUGUUGGUUGUGGUCUCAUCCUGACAUCCUGCUUCCGCUUGUUGUUGUGACUGUUGUUCUCUCUGCCACUGUUCCCUGCAUGACUGACACAACUUUAACUGUGAUAGCUAACUUUCAUGUCACUUUAAACAUGCCGAUGUUUGUUGGCCGUUCCUCUCAGAUUUUCUCUUCAUUGUUAUUUAUGUAAUUAAAACUUCUUAAAGCUAAUUACAAGGAUUUGUGUCAA